UUUGGCGUCGGUCACCGUCUCAGUACUAAACUAUUCUCCAUAUGAUCGUUGUUCCCGUAGAUAUAAUAUCGUAAUUCAAGAACAUACAUAUAUGAGCGCUGAAUUAAAUAGAAGGCUAGUAUUAAUGUGGUUAAAUAUUGCAACAUUUCAUGCACAGAAUGAAGUUUUACGUCAUACUUUUCAUCAUUGGGUUGCAGUGCAGCCAAGGAAGGAAAACGCAUCUCAACUAUGACAAUAUCAGACAAAGAAGAGACACUACAGCUAAAGAUAUCGUCGAAAGACUACCUCUCGUAUAUGAGCCAGGGAGCGCUAUAAAAUCAACUCAUUUGACGGCCGAAGCUCCAAGAAGCAUUGCGAAUGAAACCGAUUUUUACAAAAACAAUUCAAGCUUCGUGAAAGAUAUCAGUGAAAAAUCCGAUGAAAGAGAAACCAAAGCCGAGAAGAAGAAUCUAGUUCCUCAAGUAAAAUACAAUGGCAGAGAAUUGAGAGGGAUCGAGUACUCAACUGUACCACCCGCUACUCUCAACAGCAAUUUUUCAGCUAGUCUACCUGGAAUUUCGACAGGCAAUGGUUAUCAGUUUCUAUUAAAACAACUUCGCGAAUUAGCGAAUAAAAGUAAGAGCAGGACUUCUCCUACAGUGUCAGGUGAUAAUCAUCCUGGGAAAUCCGGGAGUGAGAUUAAUAAUUUUAAUAAUGUCUCCAUUGAAAACAUCGGGACUGAGCAAAGAGAACAAGAAGCCGAAAAUAUAAAAAACACAAUAAAGCUUCCAGUAACAACUAAUGAGACCAAACAGAACCUCGAGCCAAGCUCCACUACUGUUGAUCAAACUAAUUUGAACGAGGAGCUGGAUCUUCACAGCGAAUCGAAACUAAAAUCGGAUCUUCCCCCUGGCGAAACGCAGGCUUCUAGAGGCCGACCGAAAAUCUCUUUGGCACUGAAGCCUGCCAAUGAUUUUGACAAGGGAUUAAUGUCAAUACAUCCAACAGAAUCCGAUGAAAAGCAGCAACGACCGGCCCUGGUAUUUGCCAUAGGUGAUCACCUAGUUUAUGCUGAUCAGAAACAAAAUACUAACAGUGACACCAGCCAGCAAACUCUCAAUGAAGGCAGCGAUCAAAGCAAUUCCACGGACAGCAGUGGCCCGAAUAAAGAAAAUACAGAGUUCGUGAUAGUUGAGACUCUGACAACUUCUCCACAGUUGGAUGACGUGCUAACUAUCCAGUCUCAUGCUCCACUGUCUGUGUCAAGAAAUUAUUCACUUACUCCAGCCAAAGGGAAUGUCUCGGAACUCCUCAGCUCAUUUCCUUUGGCAGAGCUGAAUGUCCAUGAGCCCGAUGAGUUGUUAUCUAAUAUAUCUCUUCAUGUUCCAGAAAUAGACCCUCAAAAGACGAAUUACUCAGGGUUCAUCAAUUUGACCGACUCCACCACGUCUCCUGUAAUUUCCCUUGAAAACAAUGGUUCCUCUGAUCUUCUUUUGUCCUUAUUCCCUUCACUUUUACUAACUCCACUCAUAAAUGAAUCAUCUUCGAAUUUUAAUCAUACUACUAAUUUGGAGAAAGAAAUAAAUCCAAAUCUCUCGGAGCAAAGUAUUUUUCCCGCCUUCAACCAGAAUAUUUCCGGCUUCCUGCAAAAUUUCCCAUUCAGUCCUGCCCGACUUUUCCCUCAAAAUCAACCGACCUUCAAUUUGAACCCAUCAAAGUCUUUUAAUUUCCAUACAAGCCCACAAAAUUCUCCAUCCCUCCCAACAAGUUCAAGCGGCCUGUUUGGGUUUGAUAAUUUAGGACUCAAUUCGUGGAGUUCUCCUUCGUACUUUUCUAAUCCCAAACCUUCGGAAUUCACCUCCCAGUCGCACUUUGGGUCAUCAUUAGGCUUGCCAGGCUCCAUUGGAGUUACCAUUCCUCAAACUGCUGGAUCAACACAAAAUAAUUUUGGAGGUGACCUUGAUUUAGGCAUUUUGGGAUUACUGGCCAAUUUAGGAGGUUUUAACGAACCUCUAGUUUCUUCAUCAAUUGAUUUCCGUUCUUCGCCCACAAAUGCUUUUCAGUUUCCACGGUCGAAUUCAGCAAACACUUAUCAAAGCUCGUCACCCAAUCAAUUAUUACUUAAAAGAUUUGGAGCCCCAGCUACUUAUCCAAGUGCUUCAGUUCCUAAGCCAGUUUCAGAACCCGAUGCGUUGGAAACUUGAACCGAGAAUAAAUCACUUCUCGAAUGUGUGUAUUUUUUAAUCUAUGUCUUUGGUUUAAUUUUGUAAUUUUCUGUGUCCCAGCAUAAAUAGCUAAUAGAGCAUAAGUAGUGAAAAUGUCAAAUAAAUAUUAGCAUUAGAGAAGUUUUCUCAAUCUGUAUCCUGUCCAUAAUCAAAACACAUUAAAAUUGCUUCUACGAUUGUU